AUGGGUUUCAAUGGGACUAAAGACUACAAUCCUCUGUUACAGGUGGACCUGGGUUUCCUGAAGUACGUCACGGCCGUGGGAACGCAGGGCGCCAUUUCCAAGGAGACCAACAAGCACUACUACGUCAAGACCUUCAAGGUGCUCGUCAGCACCAACGGGGAGGACUGGGCUCCCGUCAAACAGGACGGGAAACACAAGGAGUUUGCGGCUAACACCAAUCCCUUUGACGAGGUGAGGAGUUUGCUACCGCGACCGACGCUAACGCGCUUCCUCCGCAUCAGGCCCACCUCGUGGCACAACGGCAUCUGCCUGCGAUUCGAAGUCUACGGCUGUCGCAUCUCUGACCCUCCGUGUUCUUCUCUGCUGGGGAUGAUCUCUGGUGCCAUCACCGACUCCCAGAUCCAGGUGCAGCCGGCCCCAGACCGCUCCUGGCUGCCCGACGCCCUGCGCCUCAUGACGGGCAGGAACGGCUGGACACUCCCCUCUUCACCCGCAGGCCUGGUGCUACCACAGUCCUCUGACUCCCCCCCUCCCUACCUCCAGUUGGACCUGGGUGAGGAUAAGCUGGUGUCGGGGCUGGUUCUCCAGGGGGGCCGCCUGCGGGACAAGCCCGUCUUCGUGAAGCGUUUCCGGGCCUCGUACGCCACCGAGGCUGGGGGAGCGCCCUGGAGCUCCGACGCAUGGAGGUUCUUCACCGAGGGGAACGGGACUCAGGCAAAGGUCUUUAUGGGCAGUGUGAACCACGACACCCCGGAGGUGCGCGAGCUCCCCUCCCCACAGACGAUGCGCUAUCUCCGGAUCUACCCCGACCGAGGGACCCCUGACGGCAUGGCACUCAGGGUGGAGGUCCUGGGAUGCAAACAGCAGCUACCACCCACCACCACCACCACCACCACAGAGGAACAUGUGGAGCCAGAGAUUGGAGGGGAGGAGCCCUUCGUCAUACCCGAGUUCCUCUGGUUCUCGUGUGAUUUCGGCUACGGCAUAAGCCCCUCCCACUGUGCCUGGUCUCAGGACAUCCAGGCCUCUGAUUGGCUCUUCCACAGCACACAGGAAGUGGAAGACAGAGAGGAGGACACGCCCCUUUCACCUCACCUGCCCCGUCAGGAGCAUUCAGGCGGUCAUGGAAUCUUCAUCUACCCCUCUCCCUCCUCCUCUUCCUCCUCCUCCUCUUCCUACGAAGACGAGAAGAGAGCACCAGACUACAAAGAAACCUCCACGAAAGACGAGCAAGAACUAGAAGUCUCUCGUUUACUCAGUCCUACACUCACAGCCCCAGUAGGAGCACUGUGCUUAGAGUUCCACUUCUAUUAUGACACGUCCAAACAUUCCGAUUUGCAGCAUUCCAAAGCGAAACAUUCCGCAACAAUGGGACUGCGUUCUAAAUCUAAAUGGAGACAUUCCGCAGCUAGGAACACGACUACAUUCCUCAGACUCAAGCUGAAGAGACUACCAGAAGAAGAACAGAUCACGGCACAUGAUGGAGGAGAGCUGGUGGAUUAUGAAGGAGGGAUGAUGAUGAUGUUUGACGGGUUAGACGACAAGAGAGCAACAGAGGCGCCCCUGUCAAUGGAUGUGAAAGGAGGAGAGGAGGAAGAAGAGGAGGAGGUUCUUCUGUGGGAGGUGACGGAGGACAAGAUGAGAUGGCUGCUGGAGAAGAGAGAGAAGGAUGGAGGGAUGAGGAAGGAGGAGGAGGAGGAGGAGGAGGAGUGGAGGGAGGAGAGGGUGCUGCUACCGCCGUCACAGAACGUCUCGUACCAGGUGGUGUUCGAAGGCUUGGGCUGGGUGGCGCUGGAUGACAUCAAGAUUGUGGACGGCAUCAGCCCGGAAGACUGUCAAGCCUCCACUCUCCUCCCUCACCUGGGCUCCACCCCCACAAGUCCCUCCUCGCACCCUGGUGCUUCCCAGGGACCAUCGGACCCUGUCAGCGCUUCAGAACCUCCUCCAGAGAGGGCCAGACCUGAUUGGACAGCCACGUCGUCAUCGGAGACUUCUAGAACCCCCAACUCCACAGACUCGUCUCCUGGCAACGGAAGUGCAGGAGACGCAAGCCCAACUGGAGCAAGUUCUGGCCCGGAACACCCUACUGGUGGUGGAACAUCAGAGGAAUCUAGAACACCCGGAGUUGAGGAUCAGGUUUCCGUUGAUCCCAACCCUUCUCCCGAUAGUUCUAACCUGGACAACGCUCCCUCACCGGACGACUCGGAAAACUCUGACGACUCCGACUCGGUGGUCCGGUUUCCGGAUACGUCCUCGUCCGACUCUUCUAGUCCCCUGAUGCCCAUAGACAAGGACGAUAUCGAUCCCAUUUCCAACACCGAUGGUGACGAGUCCAAAACGCCAUUUGACGACAACAAUGACAACGUUUCGGAUAAGAACUUAGAAGGAGGCAUGUCCUUUGACAACAGCAAUGAUGAUGGCGAUUAUGAAGAUGAUGAUGAUGAUGAUUCGGACUCAGAUAAUAUUUCGGGUCGCAGCUCCACAACUCCGGUUCUGAGGACUCUGGACCCGAUUCUGAUCACCAUCAUUGCCAUGAGCGCGCUGGGAGUUCUGUUGGGUUCCGUGUGUGGGGUUCUGCUGUACUGCGCAUGCGGCACCGAAGAGGACGGCGAGGAUGGAACCGAGGAACAACCCAGUGAAGCCCAGAAGAGGGUUCUGCAGAACUACAACUUCGAACUCGUGAAGAAGAAAAAUAAGAAGAACGCGGCGAACACACAGCAGCUGCAGGAGAAAGACACAAUGAAGGAAUUCACAGAAGUGUAGCAAACACACAGUCAGGGGCUAUUUUUGUAGUUCAACAGCCACAUCUUAUAAUGGGUUUCAAUGGGAGAAAAGACUACAAACACGCAACAGUUGCAAGAGAAAGACCCGAAGAAGGACUUUACAGAGCUGUACCAGACACACACAGUUCAUACAAGUCACAGAAGUGUAGCAGACACACACAGUUCAUACAAGUCACAGACGUGUAGCAGACACACACAGUUCAUACAAGUCACAGAAGUG